AUGGCUUUGGAAGAUAUUUGUGGCCUCGGAGACACUCCUUUGCAUCGCAAGUGGGGUCCUGACUCCCAUUUUGAAGAUGCAACCACAUCAUUUCAUAUUACUGACUUGUGCAAUUUGGGAUUGAGGAAAUCUAGGACCAAUAGGGGGAUCCCACUGCAGUUCUUCAUGCCAACUUUACCAAACUCUGCACGUUUCAACAACAGACCUCCAAAGCCUUUUUCCCCAGCCAGCAAUUCAGUGACGGUCCGCAGGCCUUUCCCUCUUUCUCAUGGAACAACCACCUUGGGCUUCAUCUUCCAAGGCGGGGUCAUUGCAGCUGCAGACACACGUGCCAGUGCUGGGGGACUUGUUGCCUGUCCAGCCGUUCACAAGAUCACCCCGAUUCACUCCCAUUUAGUGGUUACAUCCUCGGGGAGCGGUGCAGACUGCAUGCUGUGGGAGCGAAUACUGGCCAGAGAGAUCCGACUUUACCAACUGCGGUACAGACGUUGCCUUUCCAUAAGUGGCACCGCCAAGCUCCUCUCAUUCAUGCUGCACCCCUUUAAAGGGACUGAAUUGUGUGUGGCUCUUACACUGUGUGGCUGGGAUAAGGAAGCGGGUAGGCCUAAUGCUGACUGUGCAAUGAGGUCAGAAGACUCAUCCUUCAUUUCCGAUGACAGCUCCUCGGCUGUUGUUAGUAGCCAAGAUGUUACUGCGAUGGCACAUUCUGCAUCCCCAAGCAGUGGCCCAAAGCUGAUAUACGUGUGCAGCGAUGGAGCCCGACUGCAAGGGGACGUCUUUUCAGUGGGCUCUGGAUCUCCGUACGCUUACGGAGUCCUGGAUGGAGGACUGAGGUGGAGCCUGAGUAAAGAAGAGGCCAUCUCCUUGGCCAGAGAAGCAGUGUUCAGAGCCACUCACAGGGACGCCUACUCAGGAAACAGCGUGGACCUCUUCCACAUCACCGCCCAGGGAUGGAGCCAAAGAAAGAGAGAGGACCUGAAAGAGGAAUAUUAUAGAGACAUGAAGAGGAGGGAGAAGAUUGUGGAGGAAAGAAAAAGAGUGACCGCAUCAGAUGCACGGCUGCAGUCCGCCCUGAACGCAGGGGGCGCUGUGGGAUUUUUUUGCCACCUUGACUCGAUAUCUUUUCGCACCUUCUCCCGGCGGAAGUUACUUGCUCAUCAGACAGUUUCAAAGAUGGCUCUCGCUAGUUUGUUCAACAGUGAUUGUGCGAAUUUUUCGUUUGAUAAUUGUCAGCCUCUUGGCUUCAAUGGCGGACCCGGCGGACAGAGCGGCCUGGGCUUCGACGCCACGCCGGGAGACGGCCUGAGUUUUUCCGUUAAAAACCCUCUGUGCGGCGGAGAGGAGGACGACGUCGAGAGGAAAAUAGAGCUCCUGCAUGGAACCACCACCUUAGCAUUUAAAUUCCAGCAUGGCGUUAUUGUAGCGGUGGACUCUCGGGCCACAGCGGGCUCCUACAUCGCCUCGCAGACAGUGAAGAAGGUGAUUGAGAUCAACCCCUACCUGCUGGGCACCAUGGCCGGAGGAGCGGCAGACUGCAGCUUCUGGGAGCGCCUGCUGGCCCGCCAGUGCCGCAUCUAUGAGCUUCGCAACAAGGAGCGCAUCUCGGUGGCGGCAGCCUCAAAGCUGCUCGCCAACAUGGUGUACCAGUACAAGGGCAUGGGACUCAGCAUGGGAACCAUGGUGUGUGGCUGGGACAAGAGAGGCCCAGGGCUGUACUACGUCGACUCCGAGGGCAACCGGGUGUGUGGCGAUCUGUUCGCCGUGGGUUCAGGCUCCAUGUACGCCUACGGCGUGAUAGACAGCGGCCUGCGGCAGGACUUGACGGUGGAGGAGGCCUGCGAGCUCGGCCGCCGCGCCAUCUACCAGGCCACGUAUCGCGACGCCUACAGCGGAGGGCAGGUCAACCUGUACCACGUCCACAGCGAGGGAUGGACCAGGGUCUCCCAGGAUGACGUGCUCAAGCUGCACCAGCAGUACAAGGGUCAGGCAUAGGUCAUGUAAAUGAAGAGCACAGAGGAGACCAGGAAGUGGGAGAAGAAUUGGGAGGGUUAGGAGUUUAUACUAAUGUUUAGGAUGUUCUGAAAUGUCACUAGGGUUUGACACAUGAAUAAACAAAAAAGACUCAUCUGCCCGUUGAUUUCCACUUGCAUUACUUGUCGCUAGCUUAAAGCUUCAUAUUGUACAUUUAUAACGAUGCCAGCGAGCACCACUCACCCCACAGAGUAUUCUUUAUGGGGCUGCAGAGAAGGGGCCGAAAUGCUUAGAUACAGAGUGGGUGUGGUGCUCGCUCUACAUACAUUUAAUUUGGAUCGUACCCUGGAAAACUAUCUUCAACAAUAAAACCU